AUGUCUCAAUACGAACUAACUCCUCAGCUCAAAGAACUAAUUAGUAAAUCACAGCUAGGUCUGGAAUCAAAGGCCAAACUCUUUGAGCAGCAUGCUAUUAGCAGAAACAAUCUUAUUACGUUUUAUACCGAGUACAAGCCAACAAGUUCUCUUCUUGAAUUACUUAAGACAACGAAAAUUUGGAUAAACAAAGAGGAUUUGAAUAAUUCCAAGGAGGAAAAGACCCCUGAGUUCAUUGAGCAAAUGGAGUAUUUGCGAUUGAGAGCUAAGGAGGAAGAGUAUCAAUCAUUAAUUAACCCAUCACCGGAAAUCAAUACCUUAUAUGAAAGCAAAUUUGAUGACGAAUUUAGUCACCAAACCCCAGUCCAAGCUCAUAAGGAAUUGAGACAUCAACUAACCACCAUAGUCAAUAUAUUGAUUAGUGUUGGAAGUGUUGUUUAUGCCAUUUGGUACUGGACUGAGAGUUCAUGGGGAUUACCCAAUAGUUAUCGAGUAUUAAUGUGUUUAUUUUUUGGCUUACUAAUAUUAGUGGCUGAAACCGUGGUAUAUUUAGGAUACUUGAAUAAGAUUGAAGAUGCCAAAAUUAGAGAAAGAAAAAAGAAAGAGGUGAAGACAGUUGUUAACACAAUCAAGUUAUAA